UUGUAGAGAGACAGCUUGGACGAAAAUUUCUGUAUGCUGAAAACUGUGAAUUCACAAUCGAAGUGAUCGGAUUCUUAGUUUUUAAGGUUCAAAAUUGUGUCCAGAUGUAAUUAGGAAUCUCUUACGCAAGGGAAUUUAUUGCGUGGUCGUUGAAAUACUAUGAAUCAGCGACGUAGAAAUGGUUUGAACGUUGACAACAGCAACAGUAGUUAAUAUUCAUCUCGCACUCCAUAUCGAUGAAAGAAAUUUACGACGACGAAGAAGACGAGAAACAAAAUCACAGCAGCCACAGAAGAUUGGUGCACUAACUAGCAAGCAUCUUGAAUUCAGACGGCAAAGUGACCGCAACUUGCAAUUUCGGAGAGCGGUAAUUGCCUGGGUGCCUAAAUAGUAGACUAGCAUUUUAUCAUAAUCCUGCUUUUGCAACCCCCUUUCUGUCGAGCCCACCAUAUAUUCGAUGUACUGAGCUAGAAUCAUCAACAGAAAGUUCCUCGCAUCACAACCACUUGGCACGAUUUAAUUGCCAGAUCUCGCAACUCAUUUAUUCGCUCGAACAGUUAACUUCAGAACGAUCUAUGCAAAACUUCAUAGUCUAAACCAUUCAGAUCCAGCACAUUUUUGUAUAUACACACACCAGCCAAAAAUCUGCAGAUCUUGUAUCAUCCAAUUGAUAUUCUUGUUCGCUGCUGGAUCAUUUUCCGUUCUCUGUGGAUGUCGUGAUGUUCUCGAACGGGCUUCCCUGCAAUCUGCGCUUCCCCAGCUGCCUCGGGGUGCCAAAAGAUAGCGGAAGCGACGAACUGCUGCCGACAGCAAUGGGAACCCGCGAACCGGUUAUACUCAACGUUUACGACAUGUAUUGGAUCAAUGAAUACACGACCUCAAUAGGACUAGGUGUGUUUCACUCUGGCGUUGAGGUGUUUGGAACCGAGUUUGCCUACGGUGGACAUCCAUUUCCGUUUACUGGUGUAUUCGAAAUAUCACCACGAGAUCACAACGAACUUGGUGAUCAAUUCCGGUUUCGGCAAAGCAUUCAAAUCGGCUGUACGGAUUUUACCGAGGAGGAAGUUCGACGAAUAGUAGAGGAACUAGGGAAUCAGUUCCGCGGUGAUCGGUAUCAUCUGAUGAACAAUAAUUGCAAUCACUUCUCCGGUUCGUUAACACAAAUUCUCUGUGGACAAGAGAUUCCUAGUUGGGUGAAUCGGCUGGCCCAUUUCAGCUCGUGUGUACCUUUCCUGCAGCGCUGUUUACCGAAGGAAUGGCUAACGCCUAACGCCUUACAACAGUCGAUAACAGCCAUACAGGACCGUGACUCGGAUUCCAGCCCAUUUUGAGAAUAGCUAUUAGUUAGGACUAGUAAUAGCCCAGCCCUAGAUGCGCCACGCGAUUCCAGCAAGUGGACUAACAGCAAAGCGCAAACUAAUAGGCAAUUAACAUUGUCUAUAAGCAUUGCAUCCCCGGAGGACAACAUUUACAAUGCGAAAAACAGUCAUCCUCGGACAUGAUGAAAAGCAAAUCACUGGUGGCAGCUGUGAACGUGUGAGUGGUCUGAAAACUUCCCCAUUUUUUGGUCUAGAGCGCAGCUAUAAGUGUUUAUGUUUGUGUAUCCGUUUUUUUUUGUUUCAAACCAAUCUGUCCAAAAACCACUUUUCAAUAAACCAAAACACGAAAAUUCUAUGUUCAGAAUUGCAUGACUAGACUAAUUUGAAAUAUUUUAAGAUUGUGACUUGUUUCGAGUUUUGUCACCUGAUAUUAUUGAAACUCAAUUUUUACUCAGAGAAGAAAAUUCUGUAGAAGUAGAUAAUAACGUAAAAUAUAUCGACAAGCGAACGGGUUAAGAGUAUUCGUUUAACAUUGAAUUCAUUAUAAUAAACUGGAAACUAACAACAAAUAGAAUGUAAGUAAAAGUAAACAAACUUUUAAUGAAAGUUUAAAAAAUCUAAAUGGAUCUAAAUCUGAGAAAAUAGUUGAAAUAAAAAAUGGUUUAAUUACACUGUUUAAACGGCAACUAAAAAUCUAUCUGAUGUAACCAAACCCGUUGAUGUGUCCGUUGUUGGUAUUGAAGAUGCAAGCAAGCUGAAGGAGGGUGUCUUAUAUGAAGGUUAUUCGACAAAUAAAGAGUGAUUAUACAAAUAGUUUAAAAAAAUGACAAUGAAUAACAUCCAAACCAUAUUUGUACAGUAACUCCUUAUUCUAUUAUUAAAAAGGAACUUUGGAGGACAGCAUGUUGAGUCUAGGCUAUUGUAAAACGAGAAAUGUUUUUUUAGUUGUUCUAAUGAGUGAAUUUGAGAGUAAUAACAUGUCGUAUUUAUUUGCUCUUUUGAAGUUAGGAUUAACUUUAUCAUGAAAUAAACAAAAAGUAUUUCGAGUGGUGCAAAUAUAGUUGAAAAAUUUUAUAGAAAGGAAUUCGAAAAUUGUAAUUUGAACAGUAAACAUACUCCGUUACUCCGUUGUUUAGUUUCUUUUAAAAACAUUAACAUUUUUAUAUAGUUUUUUUUGUACAUUGCAUAUGUUUAAAUGCCUACUUUUUCGUCAAUUUUCUUAAAUAGCAAGGAAAAUUCAUAAAUAUUUUAUCGUGAAUAAAGAAAAAUUUCUACCAGCGAACGCAAUAUAGAUAUUUCCAAAAUUUUAUUUUUCUAUAUAAAACAAACACCCAACCGAUCAUCUAUUCUCGCUCGAUUAAAACAGCGAAAAGCAAACGUUACAAACGUUUCAGAUCCAUAGUAUUAACAAAACUACUUUGCAAAGUUCAAAGUUUCGUUUGAGAAAAAAAAAACAAUGCCUACGAACAAAACAGGUUUUAAUUUCUAUGAAAUAAUCUUUACCCUCACCAACUAACUAAAACAGAACAACAAUGCCAUUUUCUUAGAAAUUCAGUUUUGUUGACUGCAUAAGUCAAUCAAUUGAAUAAAGAUAUUAUUGAAGAACUGAUCAAA